CGGCUACCAAUGAAACAGGUAUCAAAAUGUGUUUAACGAAGUCAAUAUUUUUAAUGUGCCUAUUAACAUACGUUUCCGCUAAAACCCGUCACACUAAAUCUCUGACGGAGUCCAUGGGACAGGAGGUCAUAGAAAUUGCCGCACCGAUCAAAGAACUUCCCCAAGAGCUGGAGGAAGAACCUUCUGCAGAGAAUGAGGAUGCCAAGGUUGCUACAACCACCACUAUACAAGCCGCUACAAAGAAGGAAUUCAUCAAGACUCCCAGUGAUCCAAGCAAAAAAAUCAAGGAUAUUGACAAAAUCGACGGCAGAAGGCAAGAUGAUGACGAAGCUAGGAUUGAGAAAGAACUUGCUGAUAUUUAUAAGGACUCCUUGGAUUACAAAGCCGACAGUGCUGAAAUAUCAAGAGAAGUCAACGUAUCUACAUCGUCAGCAACUUCGCAAAACGUUAAUGUAUCGGCCUCAGAAAAACCUAUAGCACGGGCUUGGAACAACUUUAAAUUCCAACCGGACUCCAACGAUCCCAGAGAAAUUGCGAGAUUCAGGACUUCCAUCGACGAGAUAAGUUGCGAUACCAAAAUGACUGCUACCAAAACGCCGAGUGACGUCACCGACGCCGCGGAAAGCAAAUUCCACGCAAAGAUUUUACUUUUGUUUCCAAUACUUUUCACAUUCCUUUCGUAAUUUAAAACAUAUUUAAGUUACCGACUUUUUGUUUAAAAAUAAUCG